AUGGCGGACAUGCCCAUUGUGCUCGACGGAGGAACGGGUUUCCUCAAGGUCGGAUAUGCUGCGCAGAACUUCCCCGAGCACCAGUUCCCCUCAAUAGUGGGGCGACCCAUCCUGCGAACUGAAGAGCAGGCCGGCGAUAUCGUCGUCAAAGAUAUCAUGUGCGGAGAUGAAGCCGCUGCCGCCAGAUCUAUGCUGCAGAUCAGCUAUCCUAUGGAAAAUGGUAUCGUCAAGAAGUGGGACGACAUGCAGCACCUAUGGAACUACACCUUCUACGAAAAGAUGAAGAUCGACCCCACGGGUCGCAAGAUCCUGCUCACCGAGCCCCCCAUGAACCCCCUGAAGAACCGCGAACAGAUGUGUGAGGUCAUGCUGGAAGGCUACAACUUUGGAGGCGUAUACGUGGCGAUCCAAGCUGUGCUGGCUCUCUACGCCCAGGGUCUCAGCAGCGGUGUGGUUGUCGACUCCGGUGACGGUGUUACCCACAUCAUCCCCGUCUACGAAUCUACCGUUCUCAAUCACCACAUCCGCCGACUCGACGUCGCCGGUCGCGACGUCACCCGCAAUCUGAUUGCCCUGCUCCUUCGCCGCGGCUACGCCCUUAACCGUACCGCCGAUUUCGAGACCGUGCGCCAGAUCAAGGAGAAGCUGUGCUACGUCUCCUAUGACCUGCAAUUGGACAAGAAGCUUUCCGAGGACACGACCGUCCUGGUAGAAUCCUACACCCUUCCCGAUGGCCGCGUCAUCCGCGUCGGUAGUGAACGUUUCGAGGCUCCUGAGUGUCUCUUCCAGCCGCAUCUCGUGGACGUCGACCAACCCGGUAUCGCUGAGAUGCUGUUCAACACGAUCCAGGGCGCCGACGUCGACGUUCGGUCGAGCUUGUACAAGGCUAUCGUGCUCAGUGGAGGAAGCAGCAUGUACCCCGGUCUGCCGUCGCGACUGGAGAAGGAGCUGAAGCAGCUGUGGCUGACGCGGGUACUCCAAGGGGACCCGGAGAGACUGAACGUAUGUGGUGCAUUUCCGCGAUUCCGGAGACACUUGCUAACGCCAAUGCAGAAAUUCAAGGUGCGCAUCGAGGAUCCGCCCCGGAGACGGCACAUGGUCUUCCUGGGUGGUGCUGUGCUCGCCAAUCUGAUUGCGGACAAGGAGGAUAUGUGGGUCACCAAGCAGGAGUGGGAAGAACAGGGAGCUCGUGCUCUGGCGAAGCUUGGCCCCCGGUAG